AUGCAGUCUACAAACUCCUUGGCAAAUUUAAAUGAUAGCAGGCGCUCUAACUAUGGGAGUUUGGCGUCAGAGAGCGUUGAAAGCGAACUCAAUACCUAUGAAGUUACUGGUGAGGUUACCACAAUAGCCAGCGAUAGUACUAGAUCUGGGCAGCCUAAUAUUUGGCUCAUUGAGUUCGCGCUAUUUUCAAAUGUAUUCCUGUCUGGUUUCGAUGGUACAGUUACAGCAUCAGCAUAUCAGACUAUUGGAAAUGAGUUUAAUCGUGUUGAUAUUGCUAGCUGGAUCACGACGUCAUACUUAGUUGCUUCAACUUCUUUCCAACCAUUAUAUGGCUCCUUUUCAGAUGUUUUGGGCAGAAGACGUUGCCUGUUCUUUGCAGGUACACUCUUUGGUAUCGGAUGUUUAGCUUGCGCCUUUUCAACAAAUAUUUAUUGUUUGAAUGCAAUGAGAGCGCUGACUGGAAUUGGCGGUGGCGGACUCAUUACCCUAUCUACCAUAGUCAACUCUGAUAUGGUUCCACAAUCCAAACGAGGGCUUUUUCAAGCAUUUCAAAACAUAUUUCUAGGGUUAGGUGCUGUUCUUGGCGCGUCCGUAGGUGGCUUAAUUUCAUCCUCAAUAGGAUGGAGAUGGUGUUUUCUCCUACAAGUCCCGCUUUGUGUAUUGAGUCUUUUGAUCAGCCAUUUCCAUGUGAAAGACCAGGAUGAAUACAUCCUGAGAGUGAAAAACGGUGACGUUGAGGGAGGAUUUUUGCGAUUAUUCCGGGAAAUUGAUAUUCCGGGCUCAGUUUUAAUUGUCUUGGGAUUAACUGCACAAUUACUUUACCUAAGCUUGGGAAGUUCUGUCAGAACAAGCUUAUCUUGGACUCAUCCUCUCCUGGUUACCUUGUUGGCCGCGAGCUUUUUCUUUCUUUAUCUAUUUGUCAUUGUCGAGAGGACGACUGAGGCAAAGGCGAUUGUGCCCAAAGAAAUGACUCGAGGCUUGUUUAGCUUUAUAAUCUUGACCGUAAGCUUUAUGGUUGGGUUUGCGAGUUACGCGUAUUUAUUUACGCUACCUUUGUUUUUCCAAAUUGUUUUAGGUGAUUCUGCUGCAAAAGCUGGUCUUAGAUUAACGAUACCUUCUUUUUUUACCCCGGUAGGCGGUAUCAUCAUGGGUGUUUUGAUGACCAAGUAUGAAUGUUUACAGCUUCUUCUUCAUUUCGGUAUUAUUUUAAUGUUUUUUGGUAAUGCAUUGUUUCUGUUCAUCAAAAAAAGCACUCCCGAGUGGUUAGUUGGUUUGUAUUUGGUUCCCGCUAAUAUGGGCCAAGGCAUUACUUUCCCAAGUACACUUUUCACAUUCAUUUUUGGAUUUUACAAGGAGAACCAAGCAAGCGCAACCUCGACAUUAUAUUUGUUCCGAAGCAUCGGAUCAGUAUGGGGUGUAGCUGGUUCUGCGGGUUUGAUUCAAGAUUUGGUAGCAAAAAAUCUUCUGAAAUCUCUCAAGAAUAUCUUAGAUGAAAAGGAGUUAAAGGAAUUAAUCAUUAAAAUAAACCUCAAUACAUCGAUUGUAAACUCGCUACAUGGUGAGGUGAAACAUGCGGUGAUCGAAAGCUUUGAUGCUGCAACAAAAAAAGCACAUUUACUUUCUACCACACUCUGUUUCUUAGCCUUUUUACUAUGCAUUGUGAGGGACGUUCUCCAACCAAAGACUUUCAAGCAGAAGGCCGAAUUAGCAAGUAGAUAA